UUCCUAAGGAUGUCCCCUUUAAGAAAAAUGUUGUCCCGGAGGAUCGGCGGGGGGGUGCAAUUACUCCUAUUGUCAUAUGCCGGACUAUACAUUACCUAACUUUUUGAACGAAAAAUUGAAAAAUAGUUUUUUUUAUAUGGACUGAAAUACGUAGUUGAGGGUUAAAAAUUACAAAAAUAAUUUAGAGGUAGAUACCUGCUUUGUAAUUUCAAAAAAACUACCAAAUUGGUGUUGAAUUUUUUUUUUUAUUUUCCUCUGAAAUUUCGACUUAUUUUGAUAAGUUGCAUGGCAUCUUCUCCAAGAAUCCCAAAAACCAUGAUCCAAACUUGAUGUCAUAAUUAUUCAAAAAUACCCAGAAAAAAUUUUGAUCAAAAUUUUUGAGAUAAUGUCGAAAUUUAACCAAUUUCUGAUUGCCAGGUGACGAGUUGAAAACGAGAGUAAUUAGAAAACUCAAAUUUUAAACAAAAUCCAAAAUCAUAUGGAUUUCUGCAACAAAUCUUAUAAUGUUCUAUCGCUCAAGUUGACUCCCUGGAUCGAUUAAAAAUAAGCUGAUAAAAUUAUAAAUUGUCCCAGUGGUAAAAAAAUUACAAUUUUUCACGUUAUUUGACGUUACUGUUUCUGUUACUCGCACAUUUCGAAAGGCGUAAACGACUUUUUCAGGUGAGCAUAAACAAUAAUGAAUAACAAACGCCAACUGAGCUUGACAACCGAUCGAAUAAUGAAUGUUCUUCGUAAUCGUAAACACACAUUACACAGCAUUGCAUGCCUUUUACCCUUACUUGACGUGCGUGCUUUAAAACACAUUUCGAAUUGCAAGUUUUAACGUGAAUUUAUUUCAGUCCUUGAGAAAGUUUCUAACUGAGCGAAUGAAGCUUCUUCGCUCCAAAAUGUGGUUCUGAGACAAUUGUGUGCGGAUACGUCUUAUUAGAAUAUUUUCAUCACAUUACAGUGACUUAAGGUUUGAAAUCAUGGACGAUCGAGUAGUCGAUUCUAUAUUUGCCGGAUCUCUGGAAAAUUUACCUCCAGUCAGUUCGAAGAUAGUUCGAAUUUUCACUAGUUCGACAUUUACAGAUACUACGAUGGAAAGAAAUACUUUGAUGGCUCAAUGUUAUCCAAAGCUGAAAGAUUUCUGCAGAGAAAAACACGGUUUGGAAUUUCAGGUUGUAGACAUGCGAUGGGGUGUGAGAGAUGAAGCUACUGAUGAUCACAUGACUACCGAAUUGUGUAUGAAAGAAAUAGAAAAUUGUCAACGGUUAUCGAUGGGGCCGAAUUUCGUUGUUUUUUUAGGUCAGAAGUACGGUUAUAGGCCCAUACCUACUUAUAUCAUUUCUUCGGAAUUACAAAUGCUUCGCGAUAACUUGGCUGAAAAUGGGAUAGAUGUGAUUUUAUUGGAUACAUGGUAUCGAAAAGAUACCAACGCUGUCCCACCUGUAUCCGUUUUGCAGCCCAUUUCUUCUAUUUUAGUCAAUUUUAAUAAUAAAAGAGUUCCUAAGCUUCAACAACACGAUCAGGCAGUCUGGUGGGAUACUUUGGCUAAAAUGCAAAAACUGUUGAGGAAGGCUGCUUUGAAUUUAGCCAAUAUUGGAUCCAUCGAUAAAGAUAUUAUGCAUAAUUAUUUCAUGUCAGUUACCGAACGAGAAGUGAUAAAUGGAAUUUUGAAUGUAAAAAAUACGAAAAAUCACUGCUUAGCAUAUGUUCGUUACAUUAAUAACAUUAAUUUGCAAAAUGUCAAAAAAGCAUCACUAUUUUUGGAUAUUAUAAAUAGAAAUAUAGACGCCGAAGCUUCCAAAUUACUUGCUAACUUAAGAGAUGAAAGACUGACCGCUAAGAUUGAGACAACUAAUUAUCAAAGGUACACUGUGGAAUGGAUUGGACGAGAAGGUUUAGACCCAGAUACACAUGGAGAAUAUUUACAGCACUUCAUUACUCAUUUUUAUAAAAAUAUUACCAAAUUAGUCGAUCGAGCUAUGCGCAAAGAGGACAGCAGUGCUCAAGGUCAAAUAGUGACAGAAAUUUUGCAACAUUUGCACGCUUGCAAUAAUUCAGUUCGGGUAUUUUAUGGUCGAGAAGAAAGCCUGAAAAGAAUCGAAGAAUACAUGAUGAACGAUUGUGAUAAACCUUUAGUUUUGUACGGUGAAGGAGGGUGCGGAAAAACAUCACUUCUCGCAAAAGCAGCAGCUUUAACGGUCUCUGAUUGGUUAACAAACGCGAAACCAUUAUGUAUUAUUCGAUUUCUUGGCACGACGCCGGACAGCAGUGCUCUAACUCCAGCUUUAAUAUCUAUUUGUAAUCAAAUUUCAUACAAUUAUAUGCUUCCUUUUGAGGAUAUUCCUGAUGAUUUAGUUCCCUUGACCGCGUAUUUCAAACAUUUGCUGACUAGUGCUACCAAAGAGCAACCGUUGAUCGUAUUUUUGGAUUCGGUUGAUCAAUUAACCGGUACUCAAGAUGCUAAUAAGGUUUCAUGGUUGCCAACUCGUCUUCCAUCUAAUUGCAAAUUGAUAGUGUCGUGUGCUGCCGAAGAAGAUAAUAUUGAGGUAUCUCGAGACUACAAUUUACUUCGCAGAAUGAUCGAUGCUCCUGAAAACUUCAUCGAAGUUACCGCUUUAGGGGAAGAUCUUGCAAUGCAGGUUAUUCGCAUGUGGAUGAAAACUGCAUUCAGAGAUUUGACCAAUUACCAAUGGAGACUGGUAGCGAAUGCCAUUGGGCAAUGUUCGUUACCAAUUUUUGUGAAAUUAGUUUUCGCUGAAAUUUGUCGAUGGAGGAGUUACACAAAACCUCAAGAGACUCAUUUAGCUUCGAAUGUCAUGGAUUCUAUUAUGAUGCUGUUUGAACGAAUUGAAAAACAGCAUGGACGUAUUUUGGUAUUUCACGCGCUAGCUUAUAUUACAGCGGCAAAAAGUGGAUUGUCUGAAACUGAAUUGGAGGAUUUAAUUUCGCUGGAUGAUCGAGUCCUAGAUGACGUUUACCAAUACCAUUUACCCCCCGUGAGAAGAAUCCCACCUCUGUUAUGGACUCGUAUUAGAAACGACUUGCCGAACUAUUUAUCAGAAAGAGAAGCCGAUGGUGUUAGCGUUUUGAAUUGGUAUCACAGACAGUUUCGUGAUACUGCAAAGGAACGAUAUUUUAAAAAUGUCAACAUGGCUAUUUAUUUCCAUUCGUCAAUCGCCGAUUAUUUUCUAGGUAUUUGGGGUGGUGGCAAUCCAAAACCGUUCAAGUAUACUGAAAUACAACGUCAUAGAUUCAAUUUGACUGAAAAGGAAGGAUCAGCUGAUCGAAAAGUACCUGUUCAACCGCUCGUUUUUUAUUCUAAAGAUGGAAAGGUUACUCGUUAUAAUUUGAGAAAGUUCGGCGAAUUACCUUUUCAUCUUGUCCGUUCGAGGCGUUUCCAAGAUCUGUAUACAAACGUGCUAUUUAACUAUUGCUGGCUUCAUGCUAAAUUAUCAUCGUGUCCUUUACAAGCAGUCCUUAGUGAUUUUGAGGACGCUUGUUGCAAUAUUGACGACCGAGACACCACGAGGAAUCAAAUUAAGCAGAUGAAACGAGAACUGAUGUUGGUCGCCGACGCUCUGAGAUUAGGAGGAGCAAUCCUCAGCACAUUUCCUGACAUGUUAGCUCCACAACUGAUAGGUCGAUUGCUACCUGAAAUUGGACCAAAUCCGAAUGUGAAAAGCUUGCUGCAGGAAUGUGAUGCCUCAGGACCGAAAAACUGCGCUCUGAUACCUUUCUACCAUUGUUUGCAUACUCCCGGCGGACCUCUUAAAUAUUCCUUGGAAGGCCAUCAGUUCGCAGUGUUUGAUUUCUGCCUAACUACAGAUUAUCGUUACAUCGUAUCUAUUUCCAAUAAGUUCAUCAUGUGGGACGUUUCCACGAGUGAUAUGACUCGUGAUGUGAACCCAGGACUGGAAGGAGUUAUGCAACAAUUGUGUCUUAGUCCAGAUAACAGAUAUGCCGCUGCUUAUACGAAUUAUAACGAAACAGUUUUAUUAAAUUGUUUAACCAGCGAGUUCAUCGUGAUACCGAAUUCUCUGGAAAAUAAUGAGAAUGUAGUCGGAGUUUUUCUCUUGAAUACAUAUAUUUUUGUGUAUGGACAAGGUAGCUGGUGUCGAUUCGAUUUUCGAGGCAAUUUACAAGAAAGUUGCCGCAAUAGUGAGCCACCUACUUGGCCUAUACAUCUCAUGGAUUUCACGUCGAUUGAUACCUACUGGGUAUUAUUUUGGUCAGGUUCAUUAGACGAUACCAGGUUGAAAAUGAGAUCGGUCUUUGACGAUGAUAAUUACGAAGCUGUGGAAUUAUACAGCGCAUUUACAGUCUCAACAGAUAGAAAAACCAUGUAUGGCUGUAUCGAGGAAAACACUUGUAAAAUAGCAUUUUUCCAAUGUGAUCCUGUCAAUAAAAAAUGGAUCCGCUCUAAAAUUUUACCCUUACCUGAAUAUUACAACAACGAUAACCUUCUGCAACUUAAACUGGGUAAAGAUGAAGAAUCUCUGUUGGCAACUUUGGCCAACAGCUUCAUGAUUUGGCUUUUGAACGAAGACGUGGUGAAAAUAUUAAAACUACCUCACGGUAUUCGAAACAUUUCGGCUAAAAUGACUCAGUCCAAUUCCUGUAUGUUAUCUCAAAAUAAGGAUUACGUAGUAGCUGGUGUCAGACGGAAUUUAUAUAUUUGGAAUAUACAAAAUGAAGAAUUAAUCAAAAUACUAGAUGCUCAUUUUGGCAGGAUUAUUUCCUUGGAGCCAUUAACUAUUGGAAAUUGGAAUUCGGCCAUUACGUCAUCGAUUGAUCGAUCGGUCAAAGUGUGGAAUAUAAAUAAUAUUUUUGAACAAGUUCACGCCAUCGAUAGACAUGAAUUACAAAUCGAUUCCAUCAGUAUUUCACAGUCUGCUGGAAUCGCAGUAACCGUUACCAGAGGUUGUGUCGGUGUAUGGGAUAUUUUAGUAGGAAGAUUAAUAUCACAAUUGGCUGACAGUCCAUUAGGUGCCAUAGUAACCCAUGCUCUAAUCACCCCAGAUGGAAAGUACAUUGUUUGCUCAGAAUCGGGAAAUGUACUAAUCUGGAAUAGGCUAACGGAACAAGUGGUGUAUAAAGAGGCUCAACCAGGUGUCGUACAACUUGAAUUUUUAGAAGAUGGAAGUAAAUUCUUCGCCAUCUCUAGACCUCAGUUGAUAGGAACCGAUAACCCAGCCCGAGUUACAGCUACUUGUAUUACGAGAGUGAUUCCAUCUGGAAAUCACGCAUAUUCUUUCGAAUUUUCGAUCCGAAAUAUACCAGGAGUUGCUUUCAAGGAAGCUGUAAUUACCAGCGAUAAUUUGAAUAUAUCUAUUCUAGCAGCUGAUAAAGGCCAUCGCGAGGCUAUGUUUACUUUUAAUAAUAAAACUGGCGAAUUGGUUUCGAAAGUUCCUCUGAAAUAUUCCAACGUUAAAGACGUUAUGUUUCUAGUGGCAAUACCCAAUCGACCAAAUAUCGUCGCUAUGAUCGAUCCCGAUAAAGCUGUCUUGGUUGAUAUUCGCGGUCGCAAGGUAUCCAAAACGUUACCAAAAUGGGGUGGAAUGUGUACAAAAGAUGGAAAAUAUGGACUUUAUGCCCCUACUCGCGGAGGUUUGGAACUUAUCGAGCUGAAAAAAGGUACAACAGUGCGAACAUUUAUUCCAAAAGUUGCCGAAGGUGUAUUUUCAGUCAUUUGUAUGUUUAAUAAAACGGACGAAUACGUGUUGUAUUAUCACAGUGGUAAAAAAACCAUAAGGGUGUUUAGACGCUCGGAUGCUGAAAUGAUCGCCAAUUUUCGGGUUCAAACCGAACUAAGUGCUAUUGAAAGUACCGAAGAUGGCCGAGCUAUAGUGCUGGGUACAGUUGAUGGGUGUUUAUCGGUAUUAGCUUUGGCAGAUCCACAAAAAGAAGACAUGAAACCAUUUUUAGCUUCGUUACCAUCUAGAGAUGAAAAUUGGAAAAAGAAACAAGAGAAAAAACGCAUGUCACAAAGAUUCAGAGCUGCAGCAGCUGCUGCAAAAUUAUGUGUUAAAAUGUCCUCGGAAACAGCUUCGUUCGAUAAUUUAUCUACAAAACAACUCGAAGAAACUGCCUGAAAUUAUUUGAUCAUCAGUUGGUACCCAGACGACAAUGAAAGAAAUUUUCAAUCUUAUUGUACUUUUUUAACUUGGAAAAAUGCACUCAUAACAAGUAAAAAAAAUUUUAAACAUA